CUAGACCAACACACCAUCUCCCAGGAUGAACUAGACCAACACACCAUCUCCCAGGAUGAACUAGACCGACACACGAGUGUUAUUGUCAUCCAGUACAGGACAGUGCAGGUGAGAAGUGGAGCUCAUCCGAUCCCUCGAUCGUCGCCCUCAAUCACCAACAGAAACAUGGCAAAGUAAACAACAUACCCAACCUUACAACUUAGCCGGAUAUAAAGCCAUUCACAACUACAAGCCUGACAAAAAAGGAGGUAGUACAGCUAUCUAUUAUCCAAAGAUGGCACGAAAUGAAUGUCAGACCAUGAUGGGCAUCAGAACAGACUCUGAUAAAAUGAAUUGUGUUGAAAAUGAAGUCAAAUCCCAAAAUGUAUUGAGUAGAAUCAGUUUGUACAUUAUUAAUGGUCUAGAGCACGCCUUCUACACUUAUGGGGCUGCCAUUGCUCUCCGCCCAGCUGUUUUCAUAAUUUUUUGUGUAAUUAUGACAGCUGGCUUUUCUGCAGGCCUACUUAACUUCACUGUGGAAGAGCGUCCAUUCAAACUUUGGAUUCCACAGGAUUCUGAUUUUAUUAAUGUGAUGGAAUGGCAAAAGAAAAAUUUCCCUUCUGAAUUCCGAAUUCAUGUUUCUAUUUAUGAAGCAGAAAAUGUAUUGGACAAAAGUGUACUGAUGGAGAUGUUAAGAGUUCAUGAAGCUGUUGCUAGUGCUUCAACAGCAGAUGCAACAUGGGACAUGGUGUGUGCCAAAAUGCCAUCGAUAGUUAACUCUUUCUUUGGUCGUAAAAAGAGGAGCUUGAACCGAGAUAUAAUUUCAGAACAAAAUACACAUGAUGCCUCGUCAAGAGUAAAGCGAGAGGACAAAGAGGACGCUUGGUAUGACUGGAGUACUGUUCUCGAUACAGAGACAUAUUGUAGUUUAUUGAAGGCAAUGGAACAGAAGUGCAUGGAACAUAGCAUCCUUGAGGUCUGGGGGUAUGAUGAAGGGGUAAUCAGUAAUCUUACACCUGAUCAGAUUAUUGAAGACAUAAACACUGCAGAAACAAGUGCUGUGUUUGGGUUCCCAACAAACUUCAGUCAGUUUUUGGGAAAAGUUGAGAAGGACAGUGAAGGGCGAUUAGUUAAAGCUGGAGCUUCACGGCAAGUAUGGAUUACUCACAUCAACCUCACAGCAGUAGAUGAUGGGGAUUUUGUGGAUGAUGGAGGAACAGGCAUGGAGGUAGACACUGUAAGCUUUAACUGGGAAAAACAACUUAUUAAAGCUGUGUUAAAUAAAAGUGAGAGGCCAGAUAACAUAUCUGUUUAUCUCAUGGCAUCUUCAAGCUUUGGGAUGAUUAGUGAAGACACAAUAGUAGGAGACAUACAAUAUUUGGGUGUUGGUUUCCUUGUAGUGUUCAUAUAUAUUCAGAUCAUGCUUGGAAAGUUUAAUAUGGUAGAGCAACGACCCUUGUUAUCACUAAUGGGACUCGUCUGUGUUGGAAUGUCAAUUUUUGUAUCAUAUGGAAUAUGUUCCAUGUUUAAUGUGCCAUUUGGACCAGUAAACAAUGUCUUACCAUUUCUUCUCCUUGGGCUUGGAAUCGACGAUAUGUUCGUAAUAAUGCAAGCAUGGAACAAUCUUAAUCAACGGGAGAAAAAGCACAAGCUAACAGAACGAAUUGGGUUUGCUGUGAAGAAUGCAGGUGUUUCAAUAACAGUUACCUCAGUGACUGACUUUGCUGCCUUUGCCAUAGGCAGUGGGACAGUUCUCCCUGCACUGAGAUCCUUCUGCCUGUAUGCUGCUGUGGGCAUUGCUGCUGUUUACUUCUUCCAGGCAACAUUCUUUGUCGCGUGGUUCUCAUUAGACCAGAGAAGAUUGGAAGACAAGCGUCAUGGAUAUAUAUGGUGCUGGAAGCUUAAGAAUUGGACUCCUAAUCAGUGUAGUCAAAAAGAUCUAUGUCAGACUUUCUUUAGUGAUAUUUAUGCCAAGUUCCUUUUUAAACUGCCUGUGAAGAUACUUGUUCUGUUUAUCACAGUAGGUCUCUUGGCAGUGUCUGGAUGGGGGCUCUCAAAUCUUCGACAAGAGUUUAAUCCUAUAUGGUUCCUCCCUCAGAGCUCAUACCUCUUCCAAUUUUUUAUGAAGCAACAGUAUUAUUAUCCAUCAUCUGGGGAAAUGGGAUAUAUUUAUUUUGGUAAGAUGAAUUAUUUUGAUGAGCUACCCAAAAUUGAUGAAUUAAUGAUUCAGAUGAAGGAGAGUGAAUACAUUAGUGAAGUUGAUAGCUGGUAUUUGAAAUAUAAAAGUUAUUGGGAACAGCAAGGAUAUUCAGUGCCUGAUCCAGAUGAGACUGAAAUGGAGUUUCUUGAUAAACUUGGCAUGUUUCUCCACUCUCCUAGUGGAUCAAAGUUUCGUGUUAGAAAUUUUCGUUUUGAUGGCACUUUGAACUGCACAACAGCAGCGCCACCAAUCUUAGCAUCCAGUGUAGAAUACAGGCAUCGGUACCUUUCAGGGUCCAGGGAGAAAAUCCAAGCAAUGGACAACCUCAAAUAUAUUAUUCAAAGCAUGAAAUUUAAUGGUUAUGUGCAGCCCUUUUCAAUAGCAUACAGUGGGUGGGAAACUGACAAGAUUAUUGAAAAUGAGCUCUAUCAAAAUAUGGGGCUUGCUAUGAUGGUUGUAUUUAUUGUGACACUUAUUUUAAUUGCCAACUUGAGCACAAGUGUGAUGGUGUUGGUGUGCGUGAUGAUGACACUGGUGGACAUGGGUGGGCUGAUGCACUGGUGGGGCCUCACUAUUGACACUGUUUCAUGCAUUGAUAUUGUCUUAGCCAUUGGUCUGUGUGUUGACUAUGCUGCUCACAUAGGACAUACCUUCAUGACGAAGAGAGGCACGAGGGAUGAACGUGCAAGACUUACAGUUGCCACCAUUGGUCCGGCUGUUCUCAACGGAGGCUUCAGCACCUUCCUAGCUUUCAUCUUCCUAGCUAACUCAGACUCACAUGUCUUCAUCACUUUUUUUAAGAUCUUCUUUGGUGUUGUGUUGUACGGGUUGUUCCAUGGACUUGUUUUUCUUCCUGUGCUGCUGUCACUCAUUGGACCUGCACCUUACCCUUGCGCUCAAGAUGUUGAAGUUAAGUCAGAAGAGACUGAAGAGAUGUGCCCAGAGUCUCAGCAACCAUGCCAGCAGCAGGGAAGAGAAGGUGCACGCCAACCAAUCAAAUUGGUGGACAUUCUCAAUGAAACUGUGAAUGAUGGUUUAUUAGAUGAUAAAAGUUCAGGUGUGAAUACAACAGUUGCAAAUGGUAAACCUGAGGUGUGUGUGUAGUUUUGAGAAAAUGGAAAUACAGUAAAAUAUUUUUGUAUAUGUACAGUAUUAAGUUUGAUGUAAAACAUGAAUUUAUUAGUAUUUGGUCACAAAGCAACAACUACUGACACACAUAAGAAACAUACAAUGUGGAAAUAAACUGUUUGGUGAAAAUAUGUAUAACUCAUAGCUCUUUCAGCUUCAAGAGACACACUUGUGUAUCUUUGAGUUGAGAAAACUCCUGUGUGUUUGAGACGUUUAUUGUUAAGAUGUUGUUUCCAUGCGAGCUUUAUCUCAACAAGCCUCUCAUUGAGCUAGUCGCAACCAUUGAGACCAUAGUCACAGUAUGUAGAAACCAAAGAUGUAUCCUCAUGCAAGUUAUAAUUAUAUGUUUGCUCUAUGUUUAAUGUUUUAACAGUCUUUACAACUACCAGUUGUAAUGCAACCCGUUCUCGCAAAUUCGUAAAGUCAAUAUUGACUUAUUAACUACGUGCAUAGGUGAUAUACUAAACAUAAUAGAUACCCUUAAAAAGAUUCAUAGAAAACACC